AGUCAUUUCAACUGCAUAAUCUCCUCCUAGUCCAAUAGCUUCUACAGGGAAACAAGAAAAGAAAAUCCGAAGCUCCAAUCCUGGGCCACUCAGCAGAGAAAGUGAGUUCCAUGGCCAGAACUUAGAAAACCACCCUACCAAAAAUUGCAACUUUUCAAGAGAAAUCAAUCAAUGGCGUCAAUAGCCACCUGCUUCACACUUCCACCGAAGCCGCGUUCUCGCCUCGUGUUCAAAGCCUCACUUUUCCCCAACCGUCCCAAAACCUUUCGUCUUAUCCAAACGCCCAUUUUCCCGGGCUUUGACGCGAAGUUUCGAGAAUCUAGGGUUUUCAUGCCGGCUGUGAAGGCAAGCCUCGACGCCACCACUGCAAUUAGGCCCGGCGGUGCUGUCGAGAGCGAUAAGUUGCCUUCAGAUGUGAGAAAGCGAGCAAUGGAAGCUGUGGACUCUUGCGGAGGAAGAGUGACGAUUGGUGACGUGGCCGGUAGGGCUGGGCUUAAGCUCAAUGAAGCUCAGAAUGCUUUGCAAGCUCUCGCUGCUGACACAGAAGGCUUCUUGGAGGUCUCGGAUGAAGGUGAUGUACUCUAUGUUUUCCCCAAGGAUUAUCGAGCAAAGCUUGUAGGCAAAUCGUUUAGAAUGAAAGUUGAGCCUCUGCUUGAGAAGGCAAAGGCCGGGGCCGAGUAUGUAGCAAGGGUUUCAUUUGGAACUGCUCUAAUUGCUUCCAUUGUUCUUGUUUAUACUGCAAUUGUUGUUGCUCUGUCUUCUGGUAGAAGUGAAGAUGACAAUCGUGGAAGACGGGGAGGAAGGUCGUAUGAUUCGGGGUUCAAUUUUUACUUCAGCCCCACUGACCUCUUUUGGUACUGGGAUCCAUAUUACUAUAGGAGGCGACGACCACAAACAGAUGAUAAUAAGAUGAAAUUCAUUGAAUCUAUUUUCUCAUUUGUAUUUGGCGAUGGUGAUCCAAACCAAGGAAUCGAAGAAGAGAGAUGGAAGUUGAUUGGGCAAUACAUAGCCUCUAAUGGUGGAGUUGUUGCAGCUGAAGAGCUUGCUCCAUAUCUUGAUGUAGAAACUUCAGGGGGAACUCUGAAUGAUGAAACAUACAUCUUACCUGUUCUUUUACGGUAUGAGGGUCAGCCUGUAAUAGAUGAAGAGGGAAACAUUCUGUACCAAUUUCCAUCUCUACAGCGCACAGCUUCUACUCCAAGGAGAGGAAGGAAGGAAUAUGUGGGGAGAAGAUGGACUGAAUUUGUUGGAGGAGUUGAUAAAUUUUUCAAGGAGAAGAAAUGGCAAUUCAGCAACACUAGCAUUACUGAGAGAGCAAUGGUCGCUGGACUUGGUGGACUUAAUUUAUUUGGGGUUAUCUUUCUUGGAGCCAUCUUAAAGGAUACUUCAAUUGCACCAGUUGGUUUUAUUAAGUUUAUUACUGGCAUAUUUCCACUACUUCAGAUUUAUGCUGGUUCAUUCUUUGCAAUUCCUUUGUUCCGGUGGUUCAUCGUGCUUAAGACAAAUGCUGACAUAGAGAAAAGAAAUCAAGCAAGACAGCAGCGUGCUCGAGCCCUUGAAUUGCCAGAUCUUUCACUAAGACAAAAGCUCCUCAGUGCUCGGGACAUGGCCCAAAGAACAUUCAUUGGGCAGGAUAGAAUUGUCUAUAGUACGGACAGGGAUCUGGUUGAGCAAGACUAUGAGGCCCAAGAAUGGGAUAAGAGAUUUCGAGAAAUAGACAAGUCAGAUUGAGAAGAGGCUACCGUUACUUGGUACUAGAGGUACUAGUUGACUUCUUUGAAGAACAUUAGAGUUUCACAACUUUUGGUGCAAGUAGUUGAUGCGCCAGUGAUGGUACCUGCAUUUGUUUGAAGUGUACAUUCUGAAGUUUUUGUGGGGUGCAGCAGGGAAUGAUACCUUGUAAUAUAGAUUUCAGGUGGACAACAACACUAUUUUACACAUGAAAGAAUUUAAGAAUCACAGGGCUCAUAUAUAUGUUUUAGGAUCCCCUUGAUCUGCAAUUUGUUGAAUCUUGGACACGAGUGGUUUGCUGUGGCAGUGAAGAUCUUCACCUGGGAGGCCAAAAAAGGAGUGGAACAGGAAUCCUAUAUCGAUUGUUGGAAACAAGUGCAUCAUAGUAGAACGUUAAUAGGUGAUUUUUGUUGGGCAUUUCCAAAUGCUUGGGGUCUAAUUGUUUCUCUGCUUCAAUUAAGAAAAACUUAAAGACUGCUUAGAA